UCAUCAUGUAGUCCUUGAUGUAAAAGUGGAAAUGCGCAAGUAUGGUGCUUUACCAAAUGUUUUUGACACUAAUGAAUAACCUUUACUCUAUAGCAACUGCUGUAUGUCUUCAGGAAAACUGCUACAGGAAAUCACAUGCAUCUGAUUAUCAACCCCUAUGGAUGUCUAAUUGUGCCAUUCGUUGGUCAAUUCUGAAGGAGUGUAAUACAACAACCACCUCUUUUUAGUCCAAGUAAUGACUUCAGCAUGACCGCACAGCAUGCUUGCCUUGUUAAGAGUUUACCCAAAAUUGCACAGUGAAUCUCUCCAAAAGAUCUCGAAGGCUAUCAAAACAACAGGAUAACAUUGAAGAACUCCCCUUUUUUGGCUCUCCGAAUGUAUUAUCCUACAUAUUAUUUUUGAGGAAAAAUUUGUUAUUGUCCAAGAACUGUCACCACCUCUUUUCUUCCCUACCAUUUAGCGCUUGUCUGCUGAUUUUAUUCUUGGUUUGUCACUGCUAAAAACCAUCAUGGCAGAAUACGUUCAACCCAGAGGCACAGGAAUCGAAGGAAGAAUUGUGAUUAAAGAUGAUUGGCUCGGAUACAGUUUAGAACUUUUCACUUAUCCAGAGCAUUACCAUGAAGAUAUAGAGAGUGUUUACAUUCCACAUGGGGUCAUCAUGGACAGGACAGAGCGUCUGGCCCGACACAUCAUGGAUGACAUUGGGGACCAUGACAUGGUAGUGCUGUGUGUUCUGAAGGGGGGGUACAAGUUCUGUUCAGACCUCGUGGAAUUCAUAAAGGUACAGUGCCGUAACUCCAACAAACACCUGGAGACCAGAGUAGAAUUCAUCAGGCUUAAAAGCUACCUAAAUGACCAAUCAACAGAGGACCUGCACAUCAUUGGAAGUCAAGAUCUAUCUGUUCUAAGAGGAAAGAAUGUCUUGAUUGUAGAGGCCAUAGUUGACACAGGAAAGACCAUGAAGGCCCUCCUAAAGCAUGUAGGGUCCUUUGAACCCAAGAUGAUUAAGGUCGCAGGUCUGUUGGUGAAAAGGGUCUCCAAUGUGGUUGGAAGCCUUCCAGACUAUGUGGGGUUUGAAAUUCCAAACCGUUUUGUGGUGGGUUAUGCCUUGGACUACAAUGAGUAUUUCCGUGAUCUGAACCAUAUCUGUGUCAUAAGUGAGAUUGGAAAGGUGAAGUACAAGAUUUGAAGAGAAGUAAACAGACGUGGUUUGUUCAGACUUCCAGAGUUGUGGUCAACUGGUUAAUAAGACCUUUCCUUAUCAUAUUAAUCAUCACAAAUUCUUAAGGGUUGUUCUUAUUGCAUUUAUGCAAUAAGAGAGGGUGUGAUUUAUGGCCAUUGCAAAAUAAGCAGAAAUAAGUUUAUGCAUACAUUCAAACUAUAUCUCUUAACUUCAUGUUUUUUAAUCAACCUAUGUUUGUGUACACAAUAAUUGAAUGCUUUGAUGUCAUAUGCAGUUCAAAAUUUUUAUGUCAAAGUCUAAUGUUGGCAUUUUUAUUUGCUUAAACCAAUGACCUAAU